CGGCGCCCCAUGAAGCUAACCUCAUGCACUGCACGUGUUGAUUAAUAAUAUAUACGUCUAUCGACAAAGUAGGACUGGUGAACAAAAUUUGUUCACUUUUGAUGAAUUAAAUACAUUCAGUUUAUAAUUUGAAACAUUUCAUCUUCAAAGAUGACUGAUGUAUUGCAAUCAGGCACCGAGGUGUUUUCGGAAAAAAAGAAGAAGAAAAAUAAGGAAGGAACAGAAACAGUGACUCUGGGUGCAUAUCAAAAGUUAGGAGACUUUAAAAUCGAACCAUCAGAAAGUGUAACUAAGCUUGAUACAGCGUACUGGCCUCUGUUAUUGAAGAACUUCGAUCGCCUCAACGUCCGAACUAACCACUACACGCCGCUGUCCUUUGGUAGUUCGCCUUUAAAACGCUCGAUAUCUGAAUACGUGAAGUCAGGAUUCAUAAAUGUAGACAAACCCAGCAACCCUAGUUCUCACGAAGUCGUAUCAUGGAUAAAAAGAAUAUUGAAAGUGGAAAAAACCGGCCAUUCGGGAACUCUCGACCCUAAAGUAACAGGUUGUCUCAUCGUGUGCAUAGACAGAGCCACGAGAUUAGUUAAAUCACAGCAGAACGCUGGUAAGGAGUACGUAGCCGUGUUCAAUUUACACUCGGCUGUGGAAAGUUUGAAGAAAGUCACUCAAGGCCUCGAGAAGCUGAGAGGAGCAUUGUUCCAGCGUCCCCCAUUAAUUUCAGCUGUGAAACGUCAGCUCCGUGUACGUACAGUGUACGACAGUAAAUUGCUAGAUUAUGACCAAGAACGUAACAUUGGUGUGUUCUGGGUAAGCUGCGAGGCUGGUUCCUAUAUUCGUACGAUGUGCGUCCAUUUGGGCCUCAUGCUCGGUGUCGGUGGUCAAAUGAUUGAGCUCAGGAGAGUAAGAUCUGGUAUCCAGGGUGAGAAGGAAGGCAUGGUGAGCAUGCAUGAUAUAUUAGACGCCCAAUGGGCAUACGAAAACCAUAAAGAUGAGACUUACUUGAGACGGGUUAUUAAACCUCUGGAAGGUUUAUUGGUUGCUCAUAAGAGAAUAUUCAUUAAGGACAGUGCAGUUAAUGCUGUGUGUUAUGGUGCUAAAGUUCUCCUACCUGGAAUUUUGAGAUACGAAGACGGUAUCGAAGUUGAUCAAGAAAUAGUUAUUGUAACAACAAAAGGAGAAGCCGUUGCAUUAGCCAUUGCUCUCAUGACAACGUCAACGAUGGCGUCAUGUGACCAUGGAGUAGCAGCCAAGUUAAAAAGGGUCAUCAUGGAAAGAGACACAUAUCCAAGAAAAUGGGGCUUAGGACCUAAAGCAUCGCAAAAGAAAAUAUUAAUACAGCAAGGUAAACUCGACAAAUAUGGUAAACCAAAUGAAAACACACCCUCGGAAUGGUUAAAUAGUUAUGUAGAUUACAAAGCAAAGAAAGAUGGAGAAAAUGGAGAUCUGGAUGCUGAUGCCAGUAGGAAGAGGACAGCAAGUGCAUCAAAUGCUGAGGAUCCUAAUAAUUCUAUCGAAGUAAAGUCAGAGAAAAAGAAGAAGAAGAAAAAGCGUGAUACUGAAGCUAUGGAGGGUACAGAAGCAACUGAAGCAGACACAACAGUCGAUGCUGAUCAAACAACGGAAGUCGCUGAUGACUCGGUACGAAAAGAGAAGAAGAAAAAGAAGAAGAAGGACAAAGAUCAAGAGAGAGAAGAGGAAUAAAUUAACAUUUGCAGCUGUAUAUUUUUAAUAGAAGGGAAAUAUAUUGUUGCUUAACAAUAAUCUUAAUAAGAUUCAUGAAAAUAAUUUUAAGGCUGUAUAAGUUCCAAUCUUUGUAAAAAAAAUUACAAAAUUUUAAAAAAUUGCCAUUUUCAUAAAACAUUUUAUUCAUAAUAAACUUUUAAAAAUAUAAA